AUAAUAAGCGCUUAUUAAUGUCAAAAUAAGGACUCAAAAAGUGAGAUUAAGUUCAGGUUAAUAUGUAUAUUAUGGGAUUUCUGAUUGAACUUGAGUUUUUUGUUCAUUAAAAUUACAAUACUGAUAGCUUUUAUUAUUCAUUAAAUUAACGUGAAAGUGCGCAGCUAAUGAAAAAAUUAGUCUUGAAAUGCAUUUAACCAUUAUUUAGCCGAUAACCGGCAAUCCCUAGUGGCAGUCGUGGCCGUGGGUAUUUGUAAAACCCGGACGCGAGUGCGAGCCCUAGUUUGAAUAGUGCUCCAAGAAAUUGGGAUCGCAACACAUCCUACGACAUAGUAAGCAAAGUCACUGAUUUACUUAUUGCUAGGGACCGAAUCGGACGGCAUCGGCAGAAAACAUGGGGCGGAGAUAGUUGUUAUUGUACCAAUAUUGCUUAAUGUGGAAGAUAAUUUGUAAAUUUAAUUCGUUUUCUUUUAAUAAGAAUUAUUUUAUUCCUCACCAAUAACAACUGAAACAUAACAUAAAUAUAAACUAACUUAUCUAAAUAAACUAAAACUACAAAUAAAUUAAAAUGAACACUUAAAGUUUUCACCUUAUUUAGUUUUCAGCUACGCAAGAGCGCAACAAGGGUGCGUAACGCCGCCGAUGGAAUGCCCCAACGAAAAUAUUACAUUCUGGCUCUACACGAAGGCCAACGAAGACAAGCCACAUCAAGUACAAGCCAUGGACGCAGACUCCAUCAAAUCAGCGCCGUGGGUCGCGGACGCUCCCGUCAAGAUCCUGAUCCACGGGUACACAGGCGACAAAGACUUUUCACCGAGCAAGGAAAUACGACCAGCGUACAUGAAAUGCUGCAACUACAACGUAAUCAGCGUGGACUACAAUCCCAUCGCGCGCGAGCCAUGCUACUUCCAGGCCGCACGGAACACGGAACUGGUCGGCAAAUGCACGGCCCAACUCAUCGACCAACUGGUUACACAACACGGCUUCGAUUUGAAGAAGUUCCACAUCAUCGGCUUCAGUCUUGGAGGACAAACGGCUGGAUUGACUGCAAACUUUUUGACAAGUGGGAAGUUGGAAAGGUUAUCCGCUCUUGACCCAGCCAUGCCCUUGUUUGUCACCGAAGAUAAGAAUAAAAAGGUGGACUCUGGCGACGCUAAGUACGUAGACUGCCUGCACACUAACGCGCUGGAGAAGGGCAAGCUGGAGACCUGCGGCGUGUCCGACUGGUUCCCCAACGGAGGGCUCACCCAGCCCGGUUGUUUGCCUACGAAGGAACAAACUAAAUCAGGCUGCGACCACGCUAGAGCUCCGGCGUAUUACGCAGAAUCCAUAACCACCGACGUCGGCUUCUACGGUACCAAGUGCCACUCGUGGUUCUCCUACAUGAUCGGGUGGUGCAACCAUGUGUCAUCUGAUAACGACGAGUUGUAUGGAGAAUGGAUGUCACUUAACGCUUCAGGCCUAUACUUCUUCGUGACCAACUCCGAGUCACCGUACGCCCGUGGUCGCAACAAGAAAGAGUCACCCAGAAGUAUUUUUAACCGAUAGCAUUUGUAAAAGUAUGUUUAGCAGCUUCAACGUAAUUUAUUUAAAUACUUAAAUGUAUAACUGUAGAUGUAAAUAAGUAAAGCAUUUCAUCCUUACAAAUAAAGUACAUAUUUAUAGUUAAAAGCACAUAUUUAAAUAAAACUAUAAGUAAUUAUAUUUUUUGUAUUUGCUGUGUCCCUCUUUGUUAUAAAUAGUUUGACCUGCAAGCAAACAGUAGACCAUGAUAGGAAUAUAAGAGAAUGAUAUGUAUGUAUGGUAUUAUUAUGGUUAUUUUAUGUACGUAAGGUUUAGAGACCUUGCGUAAUCAAUGAUUACCAAAAAAUAUUAUUUACAUGUGCGAAAUCAUUGUUGCCCAGCUGCUUCAAACAUGAGGAAAAAAUAAUGUCCGUACCUUGUACCUAUAUAAACGUAGGCAAUACAUUCUUCCAUUCCAUUGUACUGUGAGCUGUACUUUCACUUGCUUGACAUUUCCCUUUUAAUUUGAGACGCUUCCUUGAGCUCGAGUUGCAAUAUAACACUUAACACUGUUGAACAAUGUAACUAAUCGGUCGCCUAAGUCGGCAACGCUUAAGUGGCUCCCAUGGAGGCGACGAUGACCGCUUCUCGUCAGGCGGCUCGUCUGCUCGUUUGCUGACUAUACUAUAAUAUUACAUAACAUAAUAUAUUGUAGGUAUCGCACGAACAUAUUAGAACAUCUGCGGGAUGGUUAAAAUGGAGGCAGCUCACGAGAGUAAUGUGCGAUGUUAAAAUUCCACUGAGGGUAAAAGGAAAAUAAGACCGCGAUUAGACCCGCCAUACUCCAUGGUUCUGAAUGCUGGGUCACUACUAAACAACACCUAAACAAACUCCAUUCUGCAGAAAUACGCAUGCAAGUCGGCGGGCGUCACUCUGAUGGAUAAAGUAAGGAACGAAUAUGUCAGCUUUAAAGUUGCUCCUAUUAACGAGAAAGUUAUUGAAAAACGCCUUAGAUGGUACGGACAUAUACAAAGACGACCCGAAGACCAUAUCGUCAAAACAGCCUUAAACUUGCCGACGACGAAGCGUGGAAGCGGAAGGCCACUUGGUUCACGACGGUCCAAAAAGACCUUAUAGUACAAAAGAUCGACAAGAACCUAACCAGGAAUCGUGCCACCUAGAGGCUUAGGACAAGGAAGGCCGACCCCAAAUAGGAAUAAAGGUCCUGGAUGAUGAUGAUUGUAGGUAUCGCACUGCAAUACUAAAAAGGCACAGACUUGCACCAUCAUUGUACUUAAAGUAUCAGUUAUUGUAGUACUUACAAAUCCGCUUACAAUUUUAUAUAAAAUUUAAAACUCUUGAAUGACACCUACAUACCUAAUACUUACUCCUCCAGUUAUUCAACACAAAUGAUGGUCAAUUCAUAAAAAAACCCGGUUUAUAAUAACGUAGAACCACAAUUUUGGAAAGGACAUUUUGCAUUAACAUCCUCUAGAGACCAUCCGAUUGGUUUUGCAACUCCGGUGUUGCAGCAACUUUAGCAUCCGAAGCUAUUAUGACAUACAUACCUGCUAACUAUUCAGCGAUAGGUAGGUAUUGUUAGAGGUGUCGUUAAAAUGUAUUAUUUUAUACUACGUCGGUGGGAAACAAGCAUACGGCCCGCCUGAUGGAAAGCGGUUACCGCAGCCUAUGGACGCCUGCAACUCCAGAGGUGUCAUGCGCGUUGCCUACCCUGACACCCUCGUUGCGCGUUGAGCUCUGGCAACCUUACUUACAACACUAUGAGUAAGGUCGCUGGGGUAGUAAUUUCAGGGUGAAGUCUUAUACGACAUGAAGGUGGAUACCAGACCUGUGAGCGGUUUAUGGAGCGCAUGUACCCUCUAUAGUAGGGAGCGUUAAUGUACUGAAUGUAGGGUG